ACAGUGACCCUGCCCCACAGGCUCUUCCUUAGUAUAUGGACAUCUAGGCAGCAGGAUGUAGAGUAGGGCACUAGGGACCUGGGAGGCUGGACCUUCCAUCACUGCUGGCAGUGAUAAACAACAUAUGAUGAAGUUUUAGAAAAGGGGGGUUGGGGAAGAGAGGUGGGUAGGAGACGGGAAAGAUUCCACAGGACGAACAACAAAAUGAAGCAAGCUCCACUAGAAGCUUUAUAUACAGUUUUCAGUAACGUACAGCAGAGGGCGCUCCGAAAUUGUCGCAACUUUCCGGACAGCCUCCUAGACUUGACCCUCUAGAAAAUCGUAGCGUGUUUCCGGCUCUUCUCAGUUGCAGACACUCAUCACUGGUGUUAUCCUUCUUGCCGUUGGCAUUUGGGGCAAGGUGAGCCUGGAAAAUUAUUUUUCCCUCUUAAAUGAGAGGGCCACCAAUGUCCCUUUUGUGCUCAUUGGCACAGGCACUGUCAUUAUUCUCUUGGGCACCUUUGGUUGUUUUGCUACCUGUCGAGCCUCUGCAUGGAUGCUGAAACUGUAUGCGAUGUUUCUGACACUCAUUUUUUUGGUCGAACUAGUUGCUGCCAUUGUAGGAUUUGUUUUCAGACAUGAGAUUAAGAACAGCUUUAAGAAUAACUAUGAAAAUGCUUUAAAGGAGUACAACUCCACAAAGGAUUAUAGAAGUGAAGCUGUAGACAAGAUCCAAAGUACGUUGCAUUGUUGUGGUGUCACUGACUAUACAGAUUGGAAAGGCACUAAUUAUUACUCAGAAACAGGAUUUCCCAAGAGCUGCUGUAAACUCGAAGGAUGUUCUCCACAAAGAGAUACAGCUAAAGUCAACGAAGAGGGUUGCUUCAUAAAGGUAAUGGCAAUUAUAGAGUCAGAAAUGGGGGUCGUUGCUGGAAUUUCUUUUGGAGUUGCUUGCUUUCAGCUAAUUGGAAUCUUUCUCGCCUACUGCCUUUCUCGUGCUAUAACAAAUAAUCAGUAUGAAAUAGUAUAACCAUAUACACACGGGCUUAUUCCUCUCCAACUUUAAGGUUACCCUUAUGAGUUUUAACAUCGUCUGGAUGGAGACUGACAACUGAUUAUCCUGUAAAACUACACCAGUAGACUGAUUUAAUCAAGAUAUUUGUGUCUUACUAUGUUCUGUGUCCACUUUCUAUCCUAUUCCUAUGUCCCUGUAUCUCUGAAACACUGGAAGAUCUAGUAAACUGUAAAUGACAUAA